UUGGUGGUUCUUGGGAAACGUGAACCUGUCAGCCCAGCUGUGGAGAGACAGCUGGUGGAUGGAGCUGGGAAGGGUGGGGGACCUACCAUCUCCGAAGACAUUCCAUGACAAACCCACCCAUGCGCAAUACAUUGUUUCAAGAUUUUAUUUAAGAAUUAGUUUUCUUUCGUUUAAUUUGAACGUCACUUCUUUUGGGUAGGCGAUAAACUAUACGAACCUUCAGUCCACCGUGAAACUAAUGCUGCUGUUUUCAUUUUCGCUAGCAUCUGGCUAACUGGAUACCUGCUAACAACAAACGCCUUAAGUAAAAUGUCUACGUUGUUUCGUCUCACCUGCUGAAGAAUCUGUAAUGUCUUAAGAUGUCAGAGUGAUGCCAAAAUAUUUUAGAUGCCUUAUUUUAAAUAUCCGUCUGUAAUACAUUUGUUAGUGUUCUAUUUGACUGAGCAACCUGCUCGACGUCAAGGCCUCAUAUGGAAGCAGGGAGCUUGCGUGAGAAUCCACCGGGUUCUAGAGUGACCGAGUCGGCGGACUGGAGAGAGGAGACCCCGGGUGAGGAGGCAGGGGAAAGGGACGAAGACCUGAAAGACAGAGGUGGAGAUGGGGGGAACGAGAAAAAUGGCGAUGAAGUGGAGGGUGACUGUGCGGUUAGCAGUGCUCCUGAAAAAGAGAAGUCUAUGGAGGAGGAAACAGAGAAGUAUGAGGAAGAACUGGAUCCAAGAAUCCAGGAAGAGCUGGAGCAUCUAAACCAGGCCAGUGAUGAGAUUAAUCGACUGGAGCUGCAAUUGGAUGAAGCACGGUCCAGCUACAGACGGAUCCUGACAGACUCAGCUAGGAAGCUCAAUGCUCAGGGCUCACAGCUGGGGACCUGUAUCGAGAAGGCCAGGCCAUACUAUGAGGCUCGCAGGCUUGCUAAAGAGGCACAGCAGGAGACCCAGAAGGCCGCUCUGCGCUAUGAGCGGGCGGUCUCGAUGCACACGGCGGCGCGAGAGAUGGUGUAUGUGGCAGAGCAGGGUCUCUUAGCCGAUAAAAACACCCUGGAUCCCACCUGGCAGGAGAUGCUCAAUCAUGCUACUUCCAAGGUGAACGAGGCGGAGGAGGAGCGGCUGCGGAGCGAGCGCGAGCACCAGCGCGUCACCCAGCUGUGCCAGGAGGCCGAGCAGCGCGUGCAGACGCUCCAGAAGGCCCUGAAGAGGGUCAUCGUCAAGUCCAAACCCUACUUUGAGCUCAAGGCCCAGUUCAACCACAUCCUAGAGGAGCACAAGUCCAAGGUGGUGCAGCUGGAGGAGCGCGUGGCCAAGGUCAAGACCCGCUACUCGGUGGCGCUGCGCAACCUGGAGCAGAUCAGCGAGCAGAUCCACGCCCAGAGGGGCCGCGUGCGCGCCGCCCGGCAGAACGUCCGCAGCUGCCAGGGCCGCAGCUCUCCGGUCGGCGCCGAGUCGGAGAAGGAGGAAGUGGUGGUCCAGGCCGGCGCCUACGGCGGCGUCGUCGGCGCGGGCCUGACCAACAGCGAGUGGGCCGACUCGGAGAAGACCCGCCAGUGGGUGGAGCGGCACCGCGAGAGCGGCUGGGGCCAGCAGGAGAAGGCGGGCUCGGACUCCAUGUCCGUCAUCAGCCUGCAGACCAUCGCGUCCGACCUGGAGAAGUGCGACAGCGUGGAGCACCUGGGCGAGCUGAGCGACGUGGGGAGCCUGCUGGGGGAAGACCUGGAGAGGGAGAGAGCCAUGAUGGAGAUGGAGAGGGAGAGGCAGAGGGAGAGGGAGAAGGAGAGGGGGGCGGCGGCGAAGGAGGAGAGGCCCGUGGCCAAGGAGGGGGGGCUGGCGGUGGGGCGGGGGCCGGGGGUGGAGCGGGGGCCAGUCGGAGCUGAGAGGCAGCAGAGUUUUGUCAAGCAACACCACAGGAGCGUAAGCCUGUAA